CAUGAUGGUCAGUGGGGAACAGUGUGUGGUGAUGACUGGGAUGAGACUGAUGCUGCAGUGGUGUGUAGAGAGCUGAACUGUGGAAAGGCUCUAGAGGCUGUGAGUCGUGCUCACUUUGGAUCAGGAUCAGGACCAAUAUGGAUGGAUGAUGUGGACUGUAGUGGAUCAGAGUCAACACUGAAGAACUGUGGAUCAGGAGGAUGGGGUGUUCAUGACUGUGAUCAUCAUGAAGAUGCUGGAGUCAUCUGCUCAGAUCAUAAACAUUCUAGGCUUGUUAAUGGAUCUCACUUGUGCUCUGGGAGAUUAGAGGUGGUUCAUGGAAAAACAUGGUACACAAUGUGUGCUGCUGCCUUUGACCAGAAGGAUGCAGAGGUUGUGUGUCGACAGCUGGGCUGUGGGGCUCCUGUACAGGUGCUGGGAGAAGAUGCUUUUGGAAGAGGAGAUGCUAAGAUGUGGACACAAGAGAUUCAGUGCAGAGGAGAUGAAUCUUAUAUAUCUUUGUGUCCAACAUCACAUCUCAAAUACAACUGUACCCAUGAGGAUGACAUUGGACUGUUAUGUUCUGGUUACACUGAUCUCAGACUGGCAAACGGUUCAGACUCUUGUUCUGGAAGAGUGGAGCUUCGGUUCCUCAAUGAUUGGGGCACAGUGUGUGAUGCAUGCUGGGAUAUGAGAGCUGCUAGUGUCCUCUGUAGACAGCUGAAUUGUGGGAUUGCUGUGUCUGUUGUGGGAUCAGACUGGUUUGGAGAGGGAAGUGGUGAAAUCUGGGCUGAUGUGUUUGAUUGUGACGGGAAUGAAACAAAACUCUCAGAAUGUUCCAUCUCUUCAUGGAGUCGAGCUGAAUGUUCUCAUAGACGAGAUGUUGGAGUCAUCUGCUCUAAUUCCUCUCUGGCUGUUCAUGAUGGUCUGGUGCGGUUGUCUGGAGAGAGACAGUGUGAGGGGAAGGUGGAAGUUUCCAUCCAUCAGGUCUGGAGGAGAGUUCUGCUGGACUCCUGGAGUCUCACUGAAUCCUCUGUGGUCUGCAGACAGCUGGGCUGUGGCUCUGUGCUGAACUUCUCCGGCUCCUCUUCAUCCAGUCCUGAACACAGUCAUGAGUGUGUGACGGGCUUCCAGUGCUCUGGGAGUGAAGCUCAUCUGGGGAACUGCAGCUCUCCACAAACUCUCAACUGCAGCUCCACACAACAGCUGUCAAUCACCUGCCUUGGUGAGAUGAGCAACAUCUGGGCAGAUUCUUCAGUUGUUAGUGAUCACUAAUAUGUUUCUCUUUCUCUGUAUAUCAGAUCGCGGGUCCAUCAGACUGGUGGGUUCUGGGGGAGACUGUGCAGGGAGGCUGGAGGUUUUUCACAGCGGCUCAUGGGGGACAGUGUGUGAUGACUCCUGGGAUAUUAAAGAUGCCCAUGUGGUGUGCAGACAGCUGCAGUGUGGAGUGGCCCUCAGUAACCAGCAGGUACCAGCUUGGUUUGGUCCUGGUUCUGGACCCAUAUGGCUGGAUGAGGUGGAGUGUGAGGGGAAUGAGACAUCCCUGUGGAGCUGCUCUUCUGCAGGCUGGGGAAAACAUGACUGUCAACACAAGGAGGAUGUAGGAGUCGUGUGCUCAGGUAAACUGUAAAAAAAAAAAAAAAAAAGUAAAUAAUAACUUCACAAUAUUCUGAACAUUUCAAUAACCUAUGUAUAUGACUGAUGAUAUCGAGUGUACUUAAUACGCGUUAACAUUACAGGGUUGGGAACUGAGAACUUGUUUUCAUUCAGAUUCGUUAAAAAAAAAAAAAAAAAAAGGGAACCAAUUCUGGUAAUACACGUGCAAUUUUCCAAUGCAGACAGAAUACUGUACUAAAAUACUCUGACAGAGUUUUCUAAACUACCAAAACACAACUGAAUCUACAGCACUAAACAACUGAACAAAUCACUCCCGAAUUCCGGAAAAGUUGUGACGUUUUUUAAAUUUGAAUAAAAUGAAAACUAAAAGACUUUCAAAUCACAUUAGGCAAUAUUUUAUUCACAAUAGAACAUAGAUAACAUAACAUGUUUAAACAGAGAAAUUUUACACUUUUAUCCACUAAAUGAGCUCAUUUCAAAUUUGAUGCCUGCUACAGGUCUCAAAAAAGUUGGCACGGGGGCAACAAAUGGCUGAAAAAGCACGAAAUUUUGAAAAGAUUCAGCUGGAAGAACAUUUUGCAACUAAUUAAGUUAAUUGAUAUCAGGUUUGUAACAUGAUUAGCUAUAAAAGGGAUGUCUUAGAAAGGCGGAGUCUCUCAGAAGUAAAGAUGGGCAUAGGCUUUCCAGUCUGUGAAAGAGUGCGUAAAAUGUUUGUGGAAAACAAUGUUUCUCAACAUCAAAUUGCAAAGGCUUUGCAAAUGUCAUCAUCUACAGUGCAUAACAUCAUCAGAAGAUUCAGAGAAAUUGGAGAAAUCUCUGUGCGUAAGGGACAAGGUCGUUUUGGGAUUUUUUUGGCUAUUUAUUGGAUGCCUGUGGACUUUGGGCCCUCAGACGACACUGCAUCACUCAUCGGCAUGACUGUGUCAAUGACAUUACUAAAUGGGCACAGGAGUACUUCCAGAAAUCGGUAAACACAAUCCGCUGUGCCAUCUGCAGAUGCCAGCUAAAGCUCUAUCACGUAAAAAGGAAGCCAUGUGUGAACAUGGUCCAGAAGCACCGUCGUGUCCUGUGGGCCAAGAGUCAUUUAAAAUGGACUGUUUCAAAGUGAAAAUGUGUUCUAAGGUCAGACGAGUCCAAAUUUGACAUUCUUGUUGGAAAUCACGGGCGCCGUGUCCUCCGGGCUAAUGAGGAGGGAGACCUUCCAGCGUGUCAUCAGCGUUCAGUUCAAAAGCCAGCAUCUCUGAUGGUAUGGAGAUGCAUAAGUGCAUACAGUAUGGGCAGCUUGCAUGUUUUGGAAGGCACUAUGAAUGCUGAAAGGUAUACAAAGGUUUUCCGACGACGUCUAUUUCAGGGAAGGACUUGCGUAUUUCAGCAGGACAAUGCAAAACCACAUACUGCAGCUAUUACAACAGCAUGGCUUCGUCAUAGAAGAGUCCGGGUGCUGAAUUGGCCUGCCUGCAGUCCAGAUCUUUUACCUAUAGAGAACAUUUGGCGCAUCAUUAAAUGAAAAAUACAUCAAAGACGACCACAAACUCUUCAGCAACUGGAAACCUAUAUCAGGCAAGAAUGGGACCAAAUUCCAACACCAAAACUCCAGAAACUCAUAACCUCGAUGCCCAGACGUCUUCAAACUGUUUUGAAAAGAGGACCACAUGGUAAACAUGCCCGUGUCCCAACUAUUUUGAGACCUGUAGCAGACAA